AUGUCGCAACCACCGAAUCCACAAGGUUCCUGCUUCAGCAAGUCUGGCUCGUCCUCAACCCGUGGGGGCGGCGGCACCAGCAACAAUGGAAGCGGCAUCACUUUCAGUGGUGGCAACAGUGCCAACAACAGCACUCGAUCCGGCUCGUCGACGGCGGUGAAUGGGUCGAGCACGACUGCAAGGAGCUCAACUACGGACCCCUACAACUCAUCAAACUGA